AUGCUUCGGGCACUGCUGCCCCCCCGCUGCCUGCGCCCCCCGCGCCCCCCGCCCCUGCCCCGCCGCCGCCUGGGGGGCUCCGGGGGCGGCGCGGGGAGGGGGUCCGGGCUGCCGCUGUGGCAGAGGGGGUUGGUGGUGGGGGCGGUGGGGGGGUGCGCGGGGGGGGCUUGGCUCUACCUGCGGGAGGAGAAGGGGAGGCGGGCGCGGGCGCGGCGGGAGGCGGCCCUGCGGGGGCUGGGGCUGGGACCCCCCCCGGAGCUGGAGCUGCAGGAUCACCGCGGGCGGCGCCGCCUUUGGGGCGAUUUCCGCGGGCUUUGGGUCCUGCUCUACUUCGGCUUCACCCACUGCCCCGACGUGUGCCCCGAGGAGCUGGGGAAGCUGAGCCAAGUCCUGCGGCUGCUGGAGGAGGAGGAGGGGGCGGGGGCCGGGUCCGAGCCCCCCCUCCUGCCCCUUUUCGUCACCCUGGACCCCCAGCGCGACGACGCGGGGGCGCUGGGACGGUUCCUGGGGGAUUUCCACCCCCGGAUGCUGGGGCUGACAGGGACUCCCCAGGCCGUGGCUGCCGCCGCGUCCGCCUUCAGGGUCUACAGCCGCCUGGGACCCCCCGACGAGGACGGGGACUACCUGGUGGAUCACAGCAUCCGCACCCACCUUCUGGGCCCCGACGGGACCCUCCUGGACUGCUACGGCCCCGCCGCCACCCCCGGGGACAUCGCCCGCAGCGUCCGCAGGCACAUGGAGAGCUACAGCCCCCCUGAGAAUCCCCCCUGAGGGCAGCUCCCCUCCCGGCCCCAAUAAACACCCCUGAGAGCCA